CAAUAAAUAAUGAUUCAGUAGUUGGUGACGAGGCUUUAGAUGAAUGUGUAGGUGAUAUUGGUGGUGAUGACUCAGACUUAGAAGAGCCCACGUUACCAGAAUAUGACCCAGAGGACGACAGUGAUUCUGAUGAAGAAUUUGAAGAUGCACCAAUUGAAGCUGGGGAAUAUUUUACUGCCAGAGAUGGUAAUGUUUGGUCUUCGAUACAACCACAACCUGUACGAUUCCGUACGCACAACAUUCUAAGAAGUGCACAAUCUGGACCAGUACGGGCAACGCAAGGUUUGACCAUUUCAGAAACGUUCAAAUUGAUAAUGUCAGACGAAAUAUGUGACAUAAUUUUUCGUGAAUCAAAUCGAAAGGCAAGGCAAUUCUUUGAUGAUGACAAUGCAAAACAUCCAACAAGAGAACCGAGAUCAUGGAUUCCCAUAACAGAAAGUGAAUUUGAUGCAUAUUUGGGCGUACUUUUGCUAAGUGGCGUUACACAUUCUGGUUACGUGCAUACGAAAGAUUUGUGGAAUACUAAAUCACAUCCAUUAUAUCGUGCUGCAAUGAGUGUACGACGAUUUUGGGAAAUUAGCCGCUUCAUUCGUUUUGAUAAUGGAAACACACACCAGCAACGCAAACAAACUGACAAAGCAGCAGCAAUAUCGGACGUUUUUUUGAUGCUAAACAGCUGUCUUCGUAGAUAUUACGUGGCAGAAGCCAACGUCACUGUAAUUGAACAAUUGUAUGCUUAUCGUGGUGGAACUGGCUUCACGCAAUACAUACCAUCAAAACCUGCCAAAUAUGGGAUAAAAGUGUGGUGGGUGUUCGACUCCAUUUCGUCCUAUCCAUUGCAGGGACAAAUCUAUACAGGAAUAGCACCGUCUGGUGAACGUGAAAGAAACGUUGAUGAAAGAAUAGUCAAAGAUUUAUGUAUCAGCCUUUUUGAUGGAAGUGGAAGAAAUAUUGUAUGUGACAAUUUUUUCACUAGCUACACUUGGCAAAAUCUUUGAUGAUAGACAAUAAUUUAUCCAUCGCCAUCGAAGCCAUGAUAGGUAGGCCCAUCCGAGUUGUGGAUGAUGGAGCACAUGAAGCGGAGGAGCGUGAUAGUACGGGACGCCCAAAAGUAAAAGGGGAAUUGCUACAUCUGCUCCAAACGACGCCCUACUCGUAAAGCAUGCACAUUAUGCAACAAACCAGUGUGCGCAGAGCAUUCCAAAGACUUGCCGCAAUGCGAUAGAUGUAAUUGAAUUUCAAUAAUUUUAAAUUUUUUCGUAGUUUUUUUAAUAUUUUUUAUAAGUAU